UAGUACGUUCUUCCAUGUAGCAAUAAUGGAGCACGGGAGGGACUGGAACUGCUCCCCGUCCCAUCCAGAUCCGGCCGCCUCUCUCCUCCCGAUGCGCGUUUGACGGCGCUCGUCGGCGGCAAGACACUGGAAACAGCGCCGCCCCGUCCUUGCACCGAACUAUUCUAGGGUGAGUACGCCUCCCCCUGCUCGGAUCUUUUCUACUGUAGAAGUGUGAUGUCGGGGGCCCUUGUAAGAACUAGAGCAGAGGAGGAGAACUAGAGCAGGGAGGACCAGCUGGGUGGAGAAGAAAACAAACAGAGGAUAAUUUGGUCUCUUCAUCUACUCCUAAAGGCCGCGAUGGAGCACCGCAGCUGCAGUCAGGCCUCCAUCUCUACGGCUCAAGCUCCAACUCCAAGCUCAAGCAAGGACACUACUACUGGGGAAAGGUUACCCUCUGAAGCCAUGGGGCCAAUAAGUCUACCAAUGAUAUUAUUACAGAAAAUCACAAAUAAUUUCUCCAAGGAGCGACUACUUGGUCAAGGCGGCUAUGGAAAAGUUUACAGGGUAAGAAUCAGGAGAACUCAAAAAUGUGUCGUGUGACACGUAACCAACAUACUCCCUCUGUCCCAUAAUGUAAGACGUUUUUUGACACUAGACUAGUGUCAAAAAACGUCUUACAUUAUGGGACAGAGGGAGUACAAAGCUCGUAACUAACAUUUCUUGCUUGUCAUAUGAUGUGUGCUGGUAAUACAUCUUGAGUAGGGUGUGUACGACGACGGACAAGUGAUUGCUGUGAAGCAGCUCCAUAAUACUAUGCAAGAUAUUGAUGAUAAACAGUUCAUACGUGAGUUUCAUAACCUUAUGAUGCUAAAUCAUCCAAACAUUGUACGGUUGGUUAGCUACUGCUAUGAAACACAACGUAAGCAUAUAGAGUUCGAAGGAAGAAUUGUUUUUGGUGAAACAACAUAUAAAGCACUUUGCUUUGAGUAUAUGCCCAAAGGGAGCCUUCAAAAGCAUCUGUCUGGUAUGAGGCAUCUCCACUUCAAGUAUACUAUAUACGUACUUAUUAAGCAUGUGAAGAUAAUAUGCCAUCUACUCAUCUAUAUCUGGGUUCCACUGAUAACCUCUUUGUACAAUAAAUUUGCAGAUGAAUGUAAUGGACUUGAUUGGCAAACACGUUACAGAAUCAUCAAAGGGGCUUGUCAAGGUCUAAAGUACCUUCAUGAAGAUUUAGAAAAACCAUUUUACCACUUGGACCUAAAACCAGACAAUAUACUUCUAGAUGAAAACAUGGUCCCAAAACUUGCUGAUUUUGGUUUGUCCAAGCUCUUCGGAGAAGAAAAAACCAGGACAACACAAAGUCCUAUUGGUACCAUUGGAUACAUGCCACCCGAAUACAUACUUCAGAACUUAGUCUCGAAGCGUGGGUGUUGUAAUGACCAAGAUAAUUGCAGGGCCUGGUGGCCAGACCAGUGAAAUGAAUUACCAAGAGUUUCUUAAUCAAGUACAAGAAAAUUGGCGAAAAAGGUUGCAAGGAGAAUGGAGUUCUCCCGAGCCAGUAGAAGCACAAUGCCAGCAAAUAAAAAGAUGCACGGAGAUUGCACUGAGCUGCAUGGAGCUGGACAGGCACAAAAGGCCAAGUAUAGUGGACAUCAUACAUGAACUUAAUGAGACUGAAGUUUUCAUUGAAGAGAAUUGGCGUUUACCGCAGGACGAGCUCAUAUACAACAAUCUGGCCAAUGGGUUCCACGAGAUCACCGAGCAGGUUUUUGGUGCAUGUCCUAUGUCCAUUUCCUUCCCCUAUCAUUCUGAGCAGAAUGUCAAUCUGGGCAGCAUUGAUUGGAUUACAAGCGACAUCAUGCACAAAUAUACUGAGUGGAAGCAAUAUCAGUUAGACACUCAACCCGAGUGUAAGCAAUAUACUGAGCCUGCUGCUCCAACUGAGGCACCUCUUUGGCAAGUUCCAGCUUUCGGAGGCCUUCGUUCCGGGAUGGAGAUGCGGGCAGGAUUUGAAAUCGGCGAGACACCAGGAUUUCCACAAGAGGUGGUGUAUAUGAGCAAGCUGCGGAAAUUGAAGAUUUGGUUGGCUGAACCAAGUCAAAAAAACCUAGAUGGUAUUUCACAGGCCUUCCUAAAAUUAAUUCGUGAUGGAACCAAUGAGCAUGAUCUUAACCGGUCUGUACCCAUGGACUUCCAAAAGUACUUGUGGCAAUUCAUGAAUACUAUAACCUCGGAUGUUGGCAAAAUGGACCUAUUUGUCUCGUUCAUGCAGGGUUACGAUUUGGACCAAUUACCUCUCAAGGAGCUGUGCCUUUGGUCCACUGGUCUGAGCUGGAGGGCUAUUCAAGACGGGCUGAGCAAGGUUCGAGGACUGAAAUAUCUGAAGCUUAUUGAAGAUAACCUUGGACGGGUAGAUAUACUAUUUGAAACUGAGCACCUCAAAGCCAUUGAUCGGAUAUACAUCGAGUGCAAGCGAACGCUGGAAGUAGCAAUCGCAGCUCGCCCGAUGCCUAAAAUUGUGUCAGUUCAUAUCCUCUGUCAAGAUCUGCAUGUUGUUCAUGAUAAUCCUCUAUUCGAAAUGACACGCAUGGCAAAUCUCAAGGAAGUCGUGCUCCAUAAUCAAGUCGAGAGUAGAAUAAGAGCUGGACUGGUACGAGCUGCAGACGCUCAUCGUAGUAGGCCCAAAGUUUUGUUCCUCGAAUAUCCAACAGUAAUACAGACUUCUGAAUUGGACGGGCGCAAAUCAUCGACGGAACCACCUUUCAUUUUGCUGGCAUGAUCCACAAAACGACUUAUUUAUGUGUAGAGCUGCGGCCGGUUUCGUUCUGGCGCCUGGAUCGUUGUACCUAUGCCUGUUGGCGUGCGCGCGCUACGUGUACUCUGUCUGUAGCUCUGGUGGCUUUGCCCACUAUGUAAUUUCUUUUCGAACCAUUUGCCACUAUGUAAUUUCUUCUCACCUAAAAAAAGAUGGCCUCUGCCUUUUUUCCAGCGAUCAGGGUUGGAUAUCGUGUUUGGCUCUUCUUCUUCUCUUGAGAAAACAGAGGAAUAUAGUGUGCCUGAACUA